AAAGGUGCCAUCACAUUGAGUGUUCGCUCAUUCAUUCGGUAGACUCGUGUGUGAGAACAACUUCCAGAGCUCACAGCUAGAUUCUAACACAAGUGUUCUUUUGGUUUCGUUCAUAAAAAUUAGUGAAUUGGAAAAUUCCAAAUUCAAGUUAGAAGUAAAUUAUUAGCAAAAUGGAACAAAUCAAUGUCGAAUUCGGUGAUGAGGUUAAAAAGGCCCUAUUUGGAGUGGUCAAAGAUUUACUGCAAAUGGACACAUUUAAAGUUCGCAUUGAGCCAGGCUCUAGAAAAGGUGAUAAUUUCAUUGGAAUCGUUUAUCAUAUCAUCUUUUGUACUGCAGAUGAGAAAGAAACAUCAAAAUUAUUUCUUAAAGUGGCUCCAAGCGAUGAGUACCGGAGAAAGCAAUUUCACGUUCGUAAAUGUUUCUUGCGGGAAAUUUACAUCUAUGAAAAGAUUCUGCCAUAUUUCCGUGAGUUUCAAGAAGACAGGGAUAUUCUCGUGAAUGAAGACGGAUUUCACGAGUAUUGUCUCUGCUACAAAUCCAUUGAUGCCGAACCAAUCGAAUGCCUGUUCCUUCAAGAUUUAUCAAAGUUGAGUUUUUCGAUGGUCGACAAACGAGAAGUGACGGUAGAACAUAUUUUGCUUGUAAUGAAUUUGCUUGGGAAAUUUCAUGCGGUUUCGUAUGCCAUAAAAGAUCAACAGCCUGACCAAUUUUCGGAAAUUGUGAACAAACUUCAAGAGCACAUCUAUAGGCAUGGAUAUAGUUCCGAUUUGACUGAGGCAUACAAUGCUGCUGCGAUGAAUGUGAUUAAUUCCAUAACCGAUGAUCAGGAUGUCCAUUUGCUAGAAGCCGUUUUGCGACUGUAUGAACGCGACCAAUAUGACAUUAUGGUGGAAUGUGUUGAUGGAAAUGCUGCCGAACCGCAUGCAGUUAUAGUACACGGUGAUAUGUGGUCGAACAACACUAUGUUUCAAUUCAACGACGCAAACAUUCCAACCAAAGCCUGUCUGAUUGAUUGGCAAAUCGCGCGAUAUGCGAGUCCAGUUUUAGAUGUUCUGUAUUAUAUUUUCUUGAGCACAACGAAGGAGCUCCGCGGCCGAAAUUAUAACAUGUACCUGAAGACGUAUUAUGAAAGCCUAUCUAGUCAUUUGAGAAGACUUGGUUCCGAUCCAGAUGAAGUGUUUCCAUUCAGUGCGCUGCAAGAGCAGCUACAAAAGUUCGGGAAAUAUGCAUUGAUACAAGCAUCUUUUUUGUUGCCCGUUUUAAUGGCAGAAGUCGAUAUUGACGUGGAAAACAAUAACAGCUCACCAGACCUGUCCGAUAUAUUCAAAACACGCCUCAGAGACAUUGCGUCAGACGUGUAUCGAUUAGGAUAUAUUUGAACGAACAAACAAAGUUAAAUCUAAUUUUAGUUCAUCGAAAUUUUUCUAAAAUUCAACUUUUUUUUGAAACAUGACUACGUAAUAUUUUUUAGAGCAACGCAAUGUAUGUUAACGGCACUUUUUUACGGUUGACAACACAGAAAUAAUUGAAUUCGAAAAUUGUAUCUGCCUACAUUGAUGU